CAGAAUGGCUCUCUGUUGUUUUUACCUGUGGAAUUCUCAGACAGUGGAUACUACACCUGCAUGAGCAGGGGUCCCUCACAAACCCAGGAGACAAAGAUUUUCCUUUUAGUGGACAGUGGGCCAUGUCCUGGUCAGAGUGACAUCAAGGCCAUUCAGAAGGGAACCACAGGAAAACUCUCCUGUCAGCUAGAGCAACUCUUCACUUCACAGCAGAGCACAGAAGUGCAUUGGCUGAAGGACUGCAAACCCAUAGACCUGCGGGGGAAAAGCAUCAGAAUCUCAAAUUUCACCGAAAGUGAUGAAGGAAAUUAUACCUGUCAGAUAAAUUUCACCCUGGAGGGGAAGACUUACACCACCUCAAGGACAACACUACUGACAACAAAGGAAGCACAGCCAAUUGCAGUAGAACCCAAAGUAAUGUACCCACGAAACGAAACCAUGAAGGUAGAGCUAGGUGUGAAGGCAGAGCUGACUUGCGCAGUGUUCAUUGGGAGUGAGGACGCAGAAAUUGAGAGUUUGAUUUACUGGACAGUCAACUAUUCCUUCAUUGAGUGCAACAAGCACUUAAACCAGAGCUUGGAGUUUGAGAGGAGGGAGAGUGAUGAACUGUAUGGGCUGUCCAGACUGUUAAUCGCAGAGGUGCGGCCAGAAUUCUUCCACGUUCCUUUCCAUUGCAUCAUCACCAACUCUGUGGGCCAGGACGUUGGCGUGGUGUGGCUGAGCCCAGCAAAUCACAACGUCCACACCCAUGUGAUCACCUACUUGGCAAUUCUAGUGAUCAUCGUUGGUGUGGUAAUUUAUCACGUCUUCAAAGUUGAAAUGGUCCUGGCCUACCGCCGGCUAUGCUCCUGCACCUCUGUUGAGAUAAGUGGUGAUGGGAAACUCUAUGAUGCCUACGUGUGUCAUCUACACGGUGAGGCACUGCACUGUUCCAGGGCCGAAGAGUUCUGCCUCCAGGUCCUGCCGGAAGUUCUGGAGAAACGGCACGGGUACAAGCUGUUCAUUAGUGGCCGGGACGACCUGCCUGGGGAAGUGGUCCACGAUGCCAUUUCUGAUACCAUCAGGAAUAGCCGGAGGCUGAUCAUUGUACUCUCAGCCCAGAGCCAGGACUGCCAGGACAAUGAGAACCAGAUGUUGUUGGAUCAGAACCAAAAGCAGCAUGAUUUUGAGCACUUUAUCAGCCUCUAUGAUGCCUUGAAUCGAAAUGGGCUCCGGAUCAUCCUGCUGGAGACGGAUAAAGACAUAGACUACUCCAUCCUCCCAAAGUCAGUACAGUACAUUAAAAAGAAGCAAGGGGCACUGAGAUGGAGGCACAGCAAUGGGAAUCCCACAGCAUCCCCUAAUGGCCGUUUCUGGAAGUGUCUGAGAUACCGCAUGCCUACUGAAACGAAUACAGUGAACAUGUCAAACUGCUGAAUCUGUCCCCAUAGCAUCAUCUACUGCCUGUGACUGGUCAGUCAAGGCACCGUGAAUCAAUGAUCACACCUCUUUAUGAGGAAAGCCAUUUCACCCCUAGUAGCAUUUAAUUCUUUCUUUCACUUUUAGACUAGAUUGCAACCACAAUGG